AUGGUGCCCUUCCGGGCUUCUCAGCACAACCGACGAAGCCUCCGCGACCUCGAUGCCGAAAAAGACGCCAGCAGACUCCAACGGGAGGAGCGCAACAAGUACAACGUCGUCAUGACUUUCCCUGUACAUCCUCUGGGCCUCAUGCAGGGGCCCUUUGAAGAGUCGAUGCUCGAUGCCACCGGAGGAACCGGCUUUGUUCCUUUCAAGAACCCCAAGAAGACCAUAGAGCAACGCCAGCACAUGCUCUGCAGAGAACACGACGCUCCUGAGCUCACUUGGAAUUUCACGUACAAUUGCCAUUGGCGGAACAAGUCCAAGGGCAAAUACCAUCCCCUGUUAAAGACGGUCGCGCAGAUCAUCUUUGGUGUGCAUUUGCUGCAUCAACACCUGGAGAAGUCGGUUGCUGAUGUGGCCGACAUCUUGCUGAAGCAUGUCAACGAGCUCGACAGCUUCUUACAACGAGCAAACGAGGAUAUUGAAGGAAGUUUGAAGGACAUGCUGUUCCGAAGGAAAUGCUUGAAAGUUCCCAUGGAGCACGUAAAUGAGUUCGACCGACUUCUCGACGAUCGCACGUAUCGAUUCCAGCUACUGGAGGGCAACGUCACGAUAGAACGAACCAUCAAUCGCAUGUCGCAGAUGCUGAACGACUACUUGGUCGACAUAAACACGUUUCAAAACGCGAACCAGCAGCUCGACUCCUAUCUCCUUCAAAUAGGACAUAAUUGGACUGCAAUGGAUGGAGAUAUCGGUCGCAUCUACUCAGCCAUGUGCGGGAACACCGGAGGUUGGGCACAAUUCCUUCAGAGCCUGGUCGCCAAAGCCGAAAAGCUGGGUGUCGUCCUGGUGCAAGUGAGCAGCUAUUGCAACGAGAUCGAGAAACGGUGCGGGGCAGCUAGCCGCCGUAGUAUGGUAUGA